UUGAUAAUUGUUAUGUUUGUGUACAGUACAACGAUUCUUGUUUUGAAAUUGUUGGAUCAAAAUCAUAUAGAAUCAGCGAUGGUUAAAAUCAUAGACAAAAUUCUUCUGAUGUCUGGAAUUUUUACCGUUCUCAUCGUGUGGUUAACCUAUGUUCUGCAACAAAAAACAAUUGUGAACAUCCUCAACAGAUUAUAUGACGUGAAUAAUAGUUUAAAAAAGUGUCGAAAAUAUACAUUAGAAAGCGAUAGUUUUGUUUAUAUUUUCGGCUUUUGCAAUUUUGCUCUGUGCUUUAGUAUAGCUAUUCUUGAAAUUAUCGUCGACUCAAAGUAUACCUUCAUAAUGUGGGCAGCACCGUUCAUUGUAGGUACUUCUGUUUUCGCGCAAUACACAAUAUUUCUAAGUAUUAUUGUUCAAUUUCUUAAAAAUAUAAACAAAACACUCCUCAAGAUCGGGAACCUGAGUUCGAAGAAUAAAAUUAAAGUAUCAUUUAUUUCUAAAAUUCUACAUGAAGACUCUCUUAUCAAAGACAUUUACAACAUCAAUUUCGACUUAAUAAAUUUGUGUGAAAUUAGCAAUCAGAUUGCCGAUUUCUAUGCAAUUCCAAUUUUAUUGCUGACAAUUUACUUUGUUCCAACUACAACAUAUAAUUUAUACUUCAUGAUUUUAUCUUUCAUCGUGAACGACGGCAAGGACUCAAUUACACUAUAUUUGGACUGUGGUAUAUUGAUUUUUUGUAUAUUUCUGAGUUAUGCAGCUUUGACAACAAAUGUUACCAGAAUAACUCGUGAAGUGAGAACCACUAUGCACUAUAUUUAUUUACUAUCUCAUCAAUGCACAUUGAAUCCAAAGGCUAAAGAAGUGUUGGCUGAUUUUUCAUGUAGUCUAAUACAUCGACGCUUAGAAUUUUCAACCUAUGGAGUGAUGAAUCUCAAUGGUUCUUUGUUGCAAAAUAUUUUUGGUACCAUAGUAUCAUAUCUUAUAAUUCUUCUUCAAUUUCCUCAUCAACAAUAA